UUUGUAUCGGGUUAUGUUUAUCUCGUCAAAGAUUCGCAGGAUAGGCCUAUCCCAAAAAAAACUCGCUGGGAUGGGUAAAUAUUUUCAUAAGUUAGUUUCCCUUGGUUGACCAAAAAAAAAGAAGUUAGUUUCCCUUUUUUUUUUUUCUUUUUUCUUUUUUAAAUAAUGAAAAUAUUUUCCCUGUUCGCCCCACAAAACAACCUUUUUGCCCAAAAAGAAAGAACACAUAACAGUCCCUCUCCAGUUAGGCAAAAUAUAGAAAUCCCUAGCUUCUCAUAGUCCCGCCAAAAUGUGGUCUCCCCGUUCUUAUUUGUCUUCAACACUUUCCUAGAUUGAGACGCAAGACGACGACGUAUUGGUACUCACCGGCAUCGUGUAAGCUAUGACAGUUUCCAGUGCCUUCAACGCAUUCAAGUCAUCUAAAUCCGUCGUCUGGAAAUCCGUAAACACACUCUCAGUCUCUACUGGUAGGCUUCAGCAAACCAUAGCGGGAUGCAUAGAGCGGAAGGGGAAAGGCUUGCACAGUGGAAAGGUCUCCACGGUGAAAUUGUGGCCAGAGCUUGUCAGCAAAGGAAGGUACUUUGAUUUUCAGCCCAAUGUGAUACGAGCUUCGAUUGAGUUUGCUGAGGAAUCGCCUCUGUGCACCACUCUCUGUAAAGAUGGGGUCAAAAUUCGAACGGUUGAGCACUUGCUUUCUGCUUUGGAAGCUAUGGAGGUUGAUAAUUGCCGGAUUGAGAUAAAGAACUCAGACCCCGAAGAUUUCGAUCUUGAGGUUCCUAUUUUUGAUGGGUCAGCAAGUGAGUGGGUAGAGGCUAUAGAACUAGUUGGCUUAAAAGAGGCAACAGAUCAUUGUGGCAACUGUUGUGAGAAGAUGGCAGCAUAUGUGAAUGAACCAGUGCAUGUGUGGAGGAAUGAUUCUUUUGUUGCUGCAUUUCCAUCACCAGAAAUUCGUAUCACUUACGGGAUCGACUUUCGACAGCAGGUGCAGGCUAUUGGCUGCCAGUGGUUUUCUGUGACCUCCUUGGAUAACUCUUUCUAUUCCAAGCACAUUGCUUUGUCAAGAACCUUUUGCAUUUAUGAGGAGGUGGAGCGAAUGCGGAAUGCAGGACUCAUAAAAGGGGGUGGAUUAGAAAAUGCACUUGUUUGUAGUGCUAGUAAAGGUUGGUUGAACCCACCACUGCGUUUUCCAGAUGAACCUUGUCGCCAUAAGGUCUUAGAUCUUAUCGGCGAUGCUUCCCUGUUUGCAAGGUUUGGCAGUCAAGGGUUUCCAGUGGCACAUAUAGUGGCAUACAAGGGUAGCCAUGCACUGCAUUCUGAUUUUGUUCGCCGGCUAUCAGGAAUUAUAUAAAAGGAUAAUGUCUUGGUCCUCUAGAUGUCAUUGUGAUGUAGCAACGAUCCAGAAAUUCAGAUGCAGAAAUAUGGAAGUAGAUUACAGAAGUAGACCGGCAUAGGGUUUCAAGUUUCAACCUAAAAGUGCGCAUAUUACAGAAGUAGAUUUACCCCGGUAACUGCUUGUAUUUGAAAAUUGGCUUGGUGAAAUGAUGUAAAGUUGUAUGCCUUCAAAUUGUGUAACUACUGUUCUCGAUCAAGGCAAAAAAUUUCCCGGUAGGACAUUCUCUGUGAAAGAGUUAAUUAGAAACCAGAUAAUCAAAGCUUGGUUCAUCAAUUUAUACUCCUUUUUUUCUGUGCCUAUAAACUAGGUCAUGCACUGCAUUCUGAUUUUGUUCGCCGGCUAUCAGGAAUUAUAUAAAAGGAUAAUGUCUUGGUCCUCUAGAUGUCAUUGUGAUGUAGCAACGAUCCAGAAAUUCAGAUGCAGAAAUAUGGAAGUAGAUUACAGAAGUAGACCGGCAUAGGGUUUCAAGUUUCAACCUAAAAGUGCGCAUAUUACAGAAGUAGAUUUACCCCGGUAACUGCUUGUAUUUGAAAAUUGGCUUGGUGAAAUGAUGUAAAGUUGUAUGCCUUCAAAUUGUGUAACUACUGUUCUCGAUCAAGGCAAAAAAUUUCCCGGUAGGACAUUC